AAGUUGUCAUUUGUCAAGUACAUGUUUACAUUUUCUCUCGAUUUCUUUUAUUAAAUUAGAAUUGUAUUUUUUUGUUAAUUAAUACUUAAAAUAUUUGAAUAUAAAUGGGACUACACUAACCAUUUAUCUCUGAUUACUCACAAUGUCUGCAAAGCGAGCUGCUGGUUUAGUUAUUUUCAGGAAUGUGAAUCAGGCAGUGCAGUUUCUAAUGUUACAAACUUCCUAUGGGGAACAUCAUUGGACUCCACCUAAGGGCCAUGUAGAUCCUGGCGAGUCCGACUGGAUAACGGCUUUGAGGGAGACUAAAGAAGAGGCCGGCUUAUCAGAAGAACAUUUAGAAAUUUACAAAGAUGUGUCAAAAACACUGAACUACAAUGUAAAUGGUAAGCCAAAGGUGGUUGUGUACUGGCUGGCAAAAUUGCGUGACCCAGAGACAAAAGUUCAGCUGUCUGAUGAGCAUCAAAACCUUAAAUGGCUUCCUUUAAAAGAGGCACAGGAAAUAUCUGGCUAUGAAGACAUGAAGCAACUUUUGACAGAUUUUAAUGAAAAGGCAAAGUUGUUACUGUAAACAGUGUUCCUACAAUGUUAUCUUGAUAAGUAGUAGUUUAUAUUUAAGAAGUUAAAUAAAUAAAUCAUUGUUUUA